AGUCGUUAUAUAGGCAAAUUGGCAAAUUGGCAAUUUUGUAUUAUAGUUUCCUACUCUCGUCCGCGGAUUAGAACCCUAAAAUUGAAAAUCCGUUCGCUUCGUUCAACCUGCUCAACUUCAAGCAGAAUUUAGAAGCAGCUUGCAACUCUUGUAUCGCUUCCAGAGAAAUACUGAGAUAUGAGUCGGCCGUUGGACGAGGCAGUAACCAAACUGGACGGCGUGAAGAAGCCUGUAUUCCUUACCAAAGCUCAGAGAGAACAGUUGGCUCUUCAGCGCCGCCAGGAAGAAAUCGUCGAGCAAAAGCGCCGUGCAGAGAUGAUUCUCCAACAAGUUAACCGACCUUCCAGCAAUCCACCCUCCUCGCAUAAAGAUAACGGCAGGCCCUCCUCCAAUGAUGAUCGCGAUCGCGACAGGGAUUACCAUCGCUCCCGCGAUAAGGACAGGGAGAGGGAUCGAGAGAGGGAGCGUGAAAGAGACAGGGAACGUGAAAGAGAGAGGGAGCGUGAAAGAGACAGGGAACGCGAUUCUGAGCGCAGGAAGCGCGAAAGGGAACGUGAGGAUGAUGCCAAAGAACGGGAUCGUGCUAGAAUUGAGAAAUCAGCUGACCGGGAGAGGGAGAAGGAGCUUGAAGCCAUCAAAGAGCAGUACUUGGGCUCUAAGAAACCUAAGAAACGAGUCAUUAAGCCUAGUGAGAAGUUCCGCUUUUCAUUUGAUUGGGAGAACACAGAGGACACCUCCCGUGAUAUGAAUUCACUGUACCAAAACCCUCAUGAAGCUAGACUGCUCUUUGGCCGUGGUCUUCGAGCAGGGAUGGACAGGAGGGAGCAGAAAAAGCUGGCUGCAAAGAAUGAGAGAGAGAUUCGGGAAGAGAUCCGGAAGAAGGAUGGUACUGAGGAGACAGCCGGUGAAGCAGCCGCAAUCAAGAAAAAAGAGCAGGCAGCUGAUUCGUAUGACACCUUUGACAUGAGGGUGGACCGCCAUUGGUCUGACAAGAAGCUUGAGGAAAUGACCGAGAGAGACUGGAGAAUAUUCAGGGAGGAUUUCAACAUUUCAUACAAAGGAUCCAAGAUUCCCCGCCCCAUGAGAAGCUGGACGGAGAGCAAGCUAACCCCAGAGCUUCUCAAGGCUGUUGAGAGGGCUGGGUACAAGACCCCAUCUCCCAUCCAAAUGGCCGCAAUUCCCCUUGGUCUUCAACAGAGAGAUGUAAUUGGUGUUGCUGAAACUGGAUCAGGUAAAACUGCUGCCUUUGUUCUUCCCAUGUUGACGUAUAUCUCAAGGCUUCCUCCCAUGAGUGAAGAUAAUGAAGCAGAAGGACCUUAUGCUGUUGUCAUGGCUCCCACACGAGAGCUUGCCCAACAGAUAGAGGAUGAGACUGUCAAGUUUGCACAUUAUUUGGGCAUCAAAGUAGUUUCUAUUGUUGGUGGGCAGUCUAUUGAAGAACAAGGUUUUAGGAUUAGACAGGGUUGUGAGGUGGUCAUUGCCACCCCUGGGCGACUCAUUGAUUGCCUAGAGAGACGGUAUUGUGUUCUCAACCAAUGUAAUUAUGUUGUGCUAGAUGAGGCAGAUCGUAUGAUUGACAUGGGUUUUGAACCUCAAGUUGUUGGUGUACUUGAGGCCAUGCCGUCUAGCAAUUUGAAACCAGAGAAUGAGGAUGAAGAGCUUGAUGAGAAGAAGAUUUAUAGAACAACAUACAUGUUCAGUGCUACCAUGCCACCUGCUGUGGAACGACUGGCAAGAAAGUACUUAAGGAACCCUGUUGUCGUUACAAUUGGAACUGCUGGAAAGACAACUGACCUUAUUACCCAGCAUGUCGUAAUGGUCAAAGAAUCCGAGAAGAGUUAUAAGUUGCAGAGAUUACUGGAUGAACUUGCGGACAAGACGGCUAUUGUGUUUAUCAAUACCAAGAAACAGGCUGAUUUUGUUUCUAAAACAUUGGAUAAGGCGGGUUAUAAAGUAACUACAUUGCAUGGUGGGAAGUCACAGGAACAAAGGGAAAUCAGCCUGGAAGGGUUUCGGACGAAAAGGUAUACUGUAUUGGUUGCAACGGAUGUGGCAGGACGUGGGAUUGAUAUACCGGAUGUGGCACAUGUGAUAAAUUACGAUAUGCCCAAUAAUAUCGAGGCAUACACCCAUCGUAUUGGGCGAACUGGGCGUGCUGGCAAGACUGGGGUUGCAACAACAUUUUUGACACUUCAGGACACUGACGUCUUCUAUGAUCUUAAGCAAAUGCUCAUUCAAAGCAACAGUCCUGUGCCCCCUGAACUUGCUAGACAUGAGGCUUCAAAGUUCAAGCCAGGAAGUAUACCUGACAGACCCCCACGACGGAAUGACACUGUUUUUACUCAUUGAAGUUAGAGUGAACAUUUUGUUGUAGAAUGUGUUCAAAUGGAUGAAUGACCUGGUGGGGCGUACGACCUAUUGCUCCUGGUAAUGCAUAUCACUGGUCUCUUUUAUUUAAGUAGUGCAGAUCUGUUUUUAAUUCUUAUGAGUUUGAAAAUUUGUAUAACAUAUUUCAGUGACUAGCUCUUCCAUCAUCUGACUUGAGAAAUCAGAAAUUGAGAGUUAUGUUUCCGUGCAAAUUUUAUUAGAGGGACACAAAUUACUACAUGAGGUGCAUAUUUCCUUGAACUAUAUUGAUCCCCCACAUGUAACUGUUGGCAUUUCAUUGCACAAGUAGUGUUUUCAGAUCAUACUUGAUUUUUAGAAUAGCAACCCUCUUAUACACGAGAUGAUUAAAUAUGUUCUCCCUCCG